UUUGAUUGAUUCCUUCUCAAUCAUUGUGCUUUAUAUAACUGUUCUUCCCAUUACAGGGCACCCAUCAGCGUUAUUCUUUCCCCAAAACCAUUAUUAGAAGACCCAAAUUUCAAUCUCGUCGUAUAGUAUUCAGUAUUGAACCGAGAUAUUUUUGUGGAUUGAUUUUUUGUUUUUGAGAAUUUUGAUUUUUUUUGUGUCUUGAAUUCGAUCAACGAUGGCGAGCGUAGCUGUUCGAAUGAUUUCUGGAAAUGGGUCUUCUUGGAUCCAAGUUAAGGAUAAGAAAACGAAGAAGAUGAAGAACAAGGUUAGGGUUUGUCGUGCUUCUUCCUCUGUUAUGGAUCCUUACAGGACUCUCAGGAUCCAACCUGAUGCCUCUGAAUCUGAGGUCAAAAAAGCCUUCAGGCAACUUGCUUUAAAGUAUCAUCCGGACGUAUGCAAAGGAAAUAAUUGCGGGGUGCAAUUUCAAAACAUUAAUGAAGCCUAUGAUACUGUGAUGACCAAUUUGAGGAGAGCAACAGAAGAAGAGGAGAUGCAGCUGGUGUUUGAUGAAGGAGACAUGUGGGAUGAGUGCAUGGGAUGGGAAGGAGCUUGGGUUCCAGACUACGCAUCUCAGAUUAAUCCUUCUUUUUGAAACCAAUUAAGCCAAAUCAAAUGUAAUUAGAUAUAUGUGACACUGACUCUGACCCACCACAUCUUUUAAACAACCCCCAUGGAAAAUGAAAAAAAAAGAAGAAAGGUUGUUCCUUUGUUUAUUAAAAAAAAAAAAGUCAGAAGUGGGUAUUGAGUCAUUUUUCUUUGUAUAUAUAUAUUUAAAGUUGGGUGUAGUAGCUUUAUCCUUAAUUUACUAAAGGAAAAGCAUUACACCUAAAAAUAAAAAUCAUAUAUUAUU